GCUGACAGGUUUCCCAGAGCUGCCAUGUUUCAGCCUCCAGCACGAAAAAAGAAGCGCAAGCCCUUCAUGGGCAGGUCGACAGCCACACUGGAGCACGCCCAGCUCGCCACCACUACUCUUGCGAUCUUGGCUGACGACGCCUUGAGCGUGCCUGGGUUGAAGGCCGUCUGUGGCAUCGCGAAUCAGAUCAUCAGCCUAGCCCAGAAUGCCCGAACGAACAAAGAAGAGUGUCAGAUGCUAGCGCAAGGUACUCGUCAAGUCAUAGAGGUGCUGUUGUCCGCUACGUCUGGAUGUUCCGAGGACAGCGUGAGCCACAGGUUCAAGAUAGGCGUUGAGCGACUGAGCGAUGAGAUGGAAGAGAUCCGCAGAUGCAUGGUGGAGAUCGGAUCGCGCAGUCUGUUCAAGGGUAUGAUCAAGCUCGAGUCCGACCGCGCGAGGAUAGGGGAAUGUCGAGAGAAGCUGAGCCAAGCCCAGAUGAAGUUUCUGGUUUAUGCGCAGAUAGUACAACAUACUGGGAGGCAGAGCGGAGAUGUGAACCCUGUUCGACACGCCGGAGUCGACACAGGGUUUACAGAUCCGCGUCUGUAUGAACAGAAUGGUGAAGAGCAAGAGAAGGCUGGAGAGUCCGCGGUGCAGAAGCCUACGAUUCUACAGGGGGACGGCCGAAACUCCUGGUUCGCAGCGGAGAUCUACGCGCCUGCAACUCAAGGCUGGCCCCGGGUCAAGAUCGACGCACACAUCGGCGUUGUCUGCAUUUUUUUGUCAUGAGCGGCAGGGAUAGGACGCUCCCGCGCGGCGUCUGCACGGGAGUGAAUUGUCUCUGGCAACGCCAGUGACGCUCGCUGUUCCAAGGGCACUGCGGUGCUGAGCACGAAGCAAUAUCGCGAC